UCCACUCCUAUCCUGAAGGUGGCAGCAGUGCGCCACCGUUCAGCGGUGGCGUCCCCUUUGCCACUAAAAUCGACAGUAAACAAAAACCUUCAGUACUCCGAGAAGACACCACUAGUUCGCCACAUAAACCCUCGAUUUAAGUGAUGUGUCCACCCCGCCCGGUUUUGUGAAGGACUACCCGAGCCCCACCCUCGUCCCUCCUGUCCUCCCGGACGGGCCUCCGCCAGCUCCUCCUCCCUUCCUUCUCACUCCCUGUGAUGCCUCCCUCCCGCUGUGGCUGUCUGUCACAGUACACACAUCACCAUUUGGCCGUCUUCCUCCUCACCUUUUUUAGCUAUGUGUUACUGCACGCGUCCAGGAAGACGUUCAGCAACGUGAAAGUCAGCAUCUCGGCCCAAUGGACGCCCUCCGUCACCAACGACAGCGCACAGUUCUCCCCUGCUGAGACGUGGGAGGACAAUCGGCUGUUUGCAGAUGAAAAGCAGGCCACGUUGUUCCUGGGAGCGCUGGACUCCAUCUUCCUGUUCUCAUAUGCAGCAGGUCUGUAUCUGAGCGGAGUGAUCGGGGACCGAGUGAAUCUGCGCUACGUCCUCUGCUUCGGCCUGUGUGGAUCAGCAGUUGUGGAGUUUGUGUUCGGCACUCUGACCGAAUGGCUCCACAUUUACAACGUGUAUCUGUACUGCGGUUUGUGGGUGCUGAACGGCCUGCUGCAGUCCGCCGUCUGGCCCUGCGUGGUCGCCGUCAUGGGCCACUGGUUCGGCAAAACGGGGCGUGGUUUCGUGUUUGGCUUGUGGAGCGCUUGUGCCUCGGUGGGGAACAUCCUGGGCGCCUUCCUGGCUUCCAGUGUGCUCAAGUACGGGUAUGAGUACGCCUUCCUGGUGACGUCUGUGGUGCAGUUUGCUGGCGGGGUGGUCGUGUUCUUCGGAUUACUCACUUCUCCCAAAGAAGUCGGUUUGACUCUGGAGUCGGGGACUGGACUCGGCCCGGUUGAGACGGACGCGGACAGCCACAAGCCGCUGAUGAGCGACGAGGAAGAAGACGAGCAGGCGGAGGUGUACACGAGGCGGCGGCGGUCCGCUGAGCCGCCGGAGGAGCCGCCGCCAGAACCCCCACAAGCCAUCAGCUUCUUCCAAGCCUUCUGCCUCCCCGGAGUUCUGCCCUAUUCUCUGGCUUACGCCUGCUUGAAGCUGGUCAACUACUCCUUCUUCUUCUGGCUUCCUUUCUACCUGAGCAGCAACUACGGCUGGAAGGAGGCCGAGGCCGACCGCCUGUCCGUGUGGUACGACGUCGGAGGGAUCAUCGAGAGGUCGCCGGUUCUGGCCGUCAGUCUCGUGAUGGCGAUGGGCGCCCUGGUGGGAUACAGCCGAUCCCCAAACGACCAGCUCAUCAACGCCGUCAUCUUGGCCGCGACCGGCUUCUUCAUCGGCGGUCCGUCCAACAUGAUCAGCUCGGCCAUUUCCGCCGACCUGGGCAGACAGGAGGCGCUGAGGAGCAGUCAGGAGGCUCUGGCCACCGUCACCGGGAUCGUGGACGGAACCGGGAGCAUAGGAGCAGCUGCAGGACAGUACGUGGUGUCUCUGAUUGAGAGCAAGCUGGGCUGGAUGAGCGUCUUUUACUUCUUUGUCGUCAUGACGGGGGGCAGCAUCCUCUUCAUCACGCCGUUGCUCAUCAGAGAAACCAGAGACUUGUGGCGAGACAGGCGAGCGCUGCGCCGCCAGCUGUGACGGCGUGGGUUUCCUCUUCGUUGGUGACCUGUGCGGCGGAUGGACGGAAAUGACGGGAAUCUUCGUAAACUGACUUGAAGUGCCACCUUAAACUGUGUGUCGCUUAAUGCACAAAUAUAAAGGUUAAAGUGAAUGUAAACGUGGA